GCUCAUCAUCAUCAUCAUAUCAUCAUCGUCGCCAUCGCAAUCUCCAUCGUCUCAUAUAAAUGUCGUACUCCAUGAAUCAAUCCCAAUCCCACUCCUCUCUUCUCUAAAAGCAUCUCUCUCUUUAUAUCCCCAAUUUCCGAUCAGAUUGCUGGAAAAAAAUUGGAAGGUUCAGUGAAUUUCACAGUCUGCGUUGUGCACCGCAUCGAUCCGCAUAAGUUUAACUUCCAUCAAUGCGUUGGCUGGUUUGGAUAUGGAGAUAUUCGAAAUGCUGAAACAAACAGUCCUAAAAUGAGCCAGACGGAGGUAUCAGGGAUGAAGCAGAAGCAACAACCUAUUCCACUCGGAACUUUGAUUGGUCGUGAGCUGAGAAAUUGGAAAUUGGAGAAGCCAACACUCAAGUAUGGUCAAGCAGGUCUGGCUAAGAAAGGAGAGGACUACUUUUUGAUCAAUCCUGACUGUCAAAGGGUGCCGGGGAAUCCAUCGACAUCGUUUUCAGUUUUCGCGAUAUUCGACGGGCAUAAUGGUAUUUCGGCCGCUAUAUUUGUUAAAGAGAAUUUGCUGAACAAUGUCUUGAGUGCUCUUCCUCAAACACUUGGUAGGGAAGAGUGGCUUCAAGCCCUUCCUAGGGCUUUAGUAGCGGGAUUCGUGAAAACGGAUAUAGAGUUUCAGAGGCGAGGCGAGACUUCUGGCACGACUGUUACAUUUGUCGUGAUUGACGGUUGGACUGUGACAGUUGCAUCUGUUGGAGAUUCUCGAUGCAUAUUGGACACACAAGGCGGUGUUGUUUCGCUCUUGACAGUUGAUCACAGGCUGGAAGAGAAUGUCGAGGAACGAGAGCGUGUAACUGCAAGCGGCGGUGAAGUUGGGAGACUCAAUGUAUUUGGAGGCAGUGAGGUUGGCCCGUUGCGGUGCUGGCCUGGUGGAUUGUGUCUUUCCCGUUCAAUCGGGGAUACAGAUGUCGGCGAGUUCAUUGUCCCAAUUCCCCAUGUUAAGCAAGUCAAGCUUUCAAAUUCCGGGGGAAGACUUAUUAUCGCCUCUGACGGCAUUUGGGACGCUUUAUCAUCUGAUAGUGCUGCUCAGUGUUGCCGGGGUUUGCCCGCAGAUCUUGCAGCCAAGAUGGUCGUCAAGGAGGCUCUAAGGUCACGGGGUUUGAAGGAUGAUACAACGUGCUUGGUUGUUGAUAUUAUUCCCUUCGACCAUCCUGUCUUGCCACCAAUGCCUAAAAAGAAGAAUAAUUUGCUGAGUUCUUUAAUGUUUGGGAGACGGUAUCCCAAUUCUCCCAAAGGAUCAAAUAAGCUGUCCGCAGUCGGAGUUGUUGAGGAACUUUUUGAGGAAGGAUCUGCUAUGCUUGCUGAGAGGCUGGGGAAGGAUCUUCGUCCGGAUUCAAACUCAGGUGGCCUCUUUAGAUGCGCAAUCUGUCAAGAUGAUCAGCCUCCCGGUGCUCACACCGCUCCAUUUUUCUCUACUGCAUCGAAUCCACGGGAUGGCCCUCUCCUAUGCGCGAGCUGUUGUAGAAAGAAAGACGCCAUGGAAGGGAAAAAGCCGGGAAUACCUUCAGUGACAGCGGACGUAAUCUGAUCCGAUAAACUGGUAAAUACAUCGACCAUAUCAUCGACAUUCUUUACAUGGCAAGUGUGAUCAUGCUCGUUUUUUUUGCACCCACCCCCCAAAUUGUAGAUGCGUGUGUAAGAAGAGUAAAAUUUGCUAGAGUUUUUUAGGUAGGCAUUCGAAUUUUUGUCGCGUACAUGCUCGACCCUGAAACAUACAUGCUGUUUGUCUGAUUGCUAACAGCUUUGAGUGUGUAGCUAAAGAUUUCGACGUGUUGUAUCGGAUCUGUGUGCCUUGAUUCUUCAGUUCGAUUGAUCGGUUUGAGUUUCAGUUUCGUUUA